GACGAAAUCGAACGGAAAAAGCCGAGUGGAAACGAGUCGGCUAGCGACCAUUUAUUUUUCACGAUCGCGUCCGCCAUCGUUGAAGUCUUUAAUCUGUACCUCUCUGUACCUUUUUUCCGUCUUGACUUUUCUUAAAUAUUCAGAGACAAUGCCGUCUCUAUUAUUUUGCGGCCCCAAAUUAGCCGCCUGUGGGAUAGUGUUAAGCAUCUGGGGAGUGAUCAUGUUGGCGAUGUUGGGGAUCUUCUUCAGUGCAAAAUCCGCUGUCCUGAUCGAGGAUGUUCCCUUUACCGAGGAAGACAUCAGAAAUGACAAAAACCCACCGCAGGCGGUCUACAGCCUGUACAACCAAGUGGCCAUCAACUGCUUCAUUGCUGCCGCCGUUUAUGUUGGAGUGGGUGCGAUUUCUCUGUGCCAGGUUCGCCUGAACAAGCGCCAGGAGUACAUGGUGACAUAAACGAAGGGUUGUCAAGCAGUCCACUAAAUCUUCCCAACGUUAUUUAUUUGCAGAAUACUUUAUUUAUUAAAGCAGAUUGGUAGAAGAUUAUGGUUUCCAUCUUUAGGAAGGUUACAAGGCAAAAUGGAAAAUAUAGACACAAAUUAAAAGCAUAAUCUAUGGGUGAUGAGCUAUAGGUUCUAAUGCAUGUAUGCGACGAUGAAAAUUUUUGUAAAUUACACAGCAGACCGAGGAGAGUGGACUGUAGAAUAAAUCAAUCACUGGAAACGAGCAUCUGUUGAUAAAUUAUUCUGCAGAGUGUCUUUGGUGUGAAAACAUUCCUGCCUGUUAAUGUGUGGCUCUUUAUAGUAACAGAAACAUGUUAUAUUAUAUAUUCAGUGCAUUAUGUACUCAUCUUUUCGUGUUGGAAAUUGUAUUUCCUCAUACUGCUGUGUUUCCCUCAUUCCCUGUCUACAUUAUAUGAAUGUGAUGGAAGUGUGGCAUUACCCUGAAUAACGUCAAGUGGAAAUAAACGACUUUGGAAAAGGAAAAAAAA